AUGAUACAAAUCACUUUGGCUACUCCUCGCACGAUUGUUUGUCUCCUUUUCUUAGAGCUUGAAGAACUCAUCGUUUUCUCUUCCAGGGUCCCGGUCGAUCCUCUCGAGUGGCAAGUCUCGCAAGAGUGUGCAACCUCCAUCGCGGCAUGCAUUGCCAAUACGGUUGGCGCUACUGAGGGAGUCCUCCGAGUGGCAGCUAGUGGCUCCGAUUACAAGCUUUUCUUCAAGGUUGUGGUUUUCUUGUACUUGGCAGCUGCUGUUGGAAGAGCAGCCUCGGGAGCCACAGUCACAUACAUAGGUUCUCGGCAAGCUUACCUUUUAUUCUUUGCUAAGAUCCGUUCCUCGCAGCGUUCGUGGCAGCUUUCAUCGUACCGCUACUAG